CUGCCGUCUCACCCUCCCUGAGCUUCACAAGGACUCUGGGUAAUUUACACACAGACACUGAGUCGUGUUUCAACAUCGCCGUUGUGAACAACGUCCGCACAAUGGAAAGAUCGAAUUUCUCCACCAAAUACAAGGAGGUCAUCUCUAAAAGUCUUCUGAUCCAACAAGGAUUUCCUGCUAUCUACCAGCUAAAGCUAAAAAAGGAGGAGACUGGACCUGUGACAAAAGUAACCUUCGGUAAAAUAAACAUCAACAAGAUAAACAAAACUAUCUUACUUGUUGGAGAAUCAGGGGCUGGAAAAUCAACCCUGAUCAACACUAUGGUCAACUACGCCAUGGGAGUCAAGUGGGAGGAUAAAAUCUGGUUUCAGAUUGUAGAGGAGGACGGGAGCAGUCAGUCUGACAGUCAGACAUCAGACGUGAUCGUGUACGAGAUUUUUGGUUUUGAAGAUAAAACUAUGCCGUUCUCCCUGACCAUCAUCGAUACUCCUGGAUUUGGAGACACCAGAGGAUUUGAAUAUGACACAAUUGUUAGUCACAGAUUGUUUGACUUGUUUCGAUCAGAAGAUGGAGUUUAUGAGAUUCAUGCAGUGGGUUUGGUGAUGAAGGCUACAGAUAAUCGUGUUAAUGACAGAUUAUCGUAUGUCCUGAACUCAGUGAUGUCUCUUUUUGGAAGAAACCUAGAGAACAACAUUGUUGCUCUUCUCACUCACUCAGAUGGACAGAGACCCAGAAAUGCCAUUGAAGCCCUUGAACAAACAAAAAUUAAAUGUGCCAAAACUGAAAAGAACCAGCCUGUUUACUUUCUGUUUGAUAACUGCCAGAAUGAAGACCGAACAGAAGAAGAAGACGCAGAAUUCCUGCAAAUGGCAGACAAAAUUUCAGACAAAGGAAUGAGAGCACUCACAGCAUUCCUGCAUAACACUGCACCUAAAAGAGUGAUGACCACUGCUCAAGUUUUGAGUGAGCGCAUCAGCCUGAUGGCCUCUAUCCAAAACCUCCAGGCCAGAAUCCAACUGACUGAACAGAAAGAGAAGGAAAUUAAUAAAAUCCAAAAGGCUCUAAAGAAACAUUCAGAGGAGAUGAGGAAGAAUGAAAACUUCACUGUAGAAAUUACAGAAGUCUACAAGGUGAAGGAACCUACUAAAAGUAAAAAGGUGAUGAGGCAUAGUAUUUUUGAAAAAGCUAUGUGCUGCACAGUCUGUGAGGAAAACUGUCACUAUCCUGGAUGUACACUUGUUCCGAGUCCACAACACUGCGAGGUCAUGAAGAGGGGCCGCUGCACUGUCUGCACUGGGAAAUGUCCCGCAUCGGCUCAUGUAAGAGAGGCCUGGAGAUAUGUCAACAAGACCAGGAGAGUUCAGUGGACUAUGAAAGCUAUGGAAGAGAAGUAUAUGAAGAACAAGGCAGAUUGCGAGAAGAAGUUAAGCCUUUUAAAACAUAUGGAAAAGGACAUGAAGGAACUUUCAACACAGAAGUCCCAACUUGUUGAUGAAGCCUUCAGACACGUUGUUCGACUGGAGCAGAUCGCCCUGAAGGUUGAUUCAGUUUCUACAUUUUUGUACUUGGACUUUCUGAUUGAGAAGCUGAAAGAAAAGGGAGAUAGAGCAAAGGUGCAGAAACUGGAGGAGAUGAACAGCAGACAGGAUGACGGAACUAAAUUAGCACUGCAGUAUGUGUGGGGUAACAUAACAGACACAAUGCAAUGAACAUGAGACAGUCCAGCUUCCUCCACAGCCAUUCACAUCCCUGAACUCAAACUAAAUAUGAAGGCUGUAGUAGCUGUAUUUGGUAAAUUUUCAUCUGAAGUGAAAAACAUCAAGAUUAUUUUAAAAUGUAUAAAAAUAAAUUUGGUGGCAAUGAUACUCAUGAGAAUCCUUUGACCACAAGUGAUAGUAAACACCAUAGAUGAUCAAGCUUUUACAAUGGAAUGUUUGUUGUAUUUGUCUAUUUGUCAAAAAUGUCCAAAUAAGUUAGGAGAACAAUGUAGGUUCACUAAAACCAGAAUUAUACCAAUCCAAAUGUAUGCUAGGUCUUAAUUAUUAGCACAAUGUGGCAGCAGAUACAUUAGCUCAGGCAUCUUUUAAAGGGUCUGGGCUUAAAAGAUCCCAAAUAAGGAGUACUAAAUUAUAAGAGCAAAAACAGCAUAUGCAGUCAGUGGGUGUGCUGCACACUAUCUACAAAGAUACUGUGCCCAGUUGACUGCAGGUGCAGAAGUAGUGCAGACCAUCCUAUUUAAAUGAGGAUUUUCUGUGUUACUGCCUCUCAUCAUGGAGUGUCUUAGUGCAGAAAGGCCAUAAAAGAUAAUGAACUUGAAAGACAUGCAGUUGAAGGGAUAGCAAUAAUAACAAUUAUGACAAUAAUGAAGAAGAUAAUAAUAAUAACUUAUUUAAAGAAAGCAUAUUAUUAUUAUUAUUACUAUUAAGUAUUUCAAAGUGAUAGAACAGAACAGUGAAAACAUUUAAAAUCAAUCAAAAUAAAGCUCUAAACAUCCAUAUUUGACUCCAUAACUCAAAGAGUGCACAAGAGCUAUUUUUAAUUGUUUCACUUUCAAUGUCACUUUGACUCCAUGAUGGUUUUCUGGUCUCUGUUGGCUUAGGGUUAAUGUUCAGUUUUAUUUGUCAACUAACAUGCUAAUUUAAAUAUUGUCAGCAGUCUGACAGCAUUAUUCUAUCUCAAGCUGACAUCUUCUGCCUGCACGAUUUGUAGAGAAUGCAGUUUACUGCCGGCUACAGAGAUGUGCUCCUGAAGGGAAUCCAGACACAAAGGUGUUACAGUGUCGUAAAGUGAUGGCAUGGUGGUAUUAUUAGGUAAUCCUGCAGCUGAAGUAGUAUAAUUCAAGCUUCAACUUUCUGCAAUAUAGUAAAAACAAAACUGGUUUUGAUGUGAUUGAAAAGUAAGAAUCUCAAGCUUAGAUAAUAUAUAUUUGCUGUGUCUUAUUUGUAGCAGUAGAGAACUGUUGAUUGCAUUGAAACUGUAAAACUGUGAAGCUUGGUAAAAGUAUUAGUACUACACUGGGUCUGAUCAGAUGAAGCAGAUCAGAACUCAUUAAAAAGCUUUUAAAAGUGAUGCCAGUAGUGAUGCCUGACAUAGGUACUUGUUUCAUAUAUUUAUUUUUGUGAAUACUUUCAUGUAACAAUAUGAAAACCAAACCUAUUAAGAGGACAGUGGUUAUGUUAUGUCAGGACAUCUUUGUUUUUAGCACAGCAGGAAACACCUAAAGUGGUAAUGUGUGGAAUUACUUGUUGCUUGCAUUUAUAAAUGUUGUAUUUAAUUUUCUUGUUUGUACUAUGAACACCUUUGGCUUGUUAACUGAGAAUAUUUAAAAUGAAUUUGUGAAAAAUAUUUUUCUUUCACUGUGAAUAAAGGAAUCCAUAUGAGAUUGAUUGUAUUGGUUUCUUACUGUUACACUAUUUCAAAGUAAAUGCUAUAUUUACCAGGAUAUUUAAGAUAGUUUAUUAGAUCUAAAACACACAUGAAAUGAUAGUUGUUCCAGUAAAUCAACACCAACUCCAGUCAAUAAGAUUCAAAAUAAACAGAAAUAAUUUAAGGGUUGUUUAGUUUGAAAAGGUGUAGGCUGAAGGUAGUCAGCUUGUAAGAGCUUUCAGUGUUCGUUACAAAUAAACCAAUUCCAUUAUUCAUCGCUUUGGUUUAAUAAAUAUUACCAGAAUACGCAGAAUUAACAAUUAAACUCAAACAGAAGAAAAAAAACAAAGCAGAAACAUUAAAAAGUAAAUUGUCAUCAUGAAGGUUUAAAUUAAGUAUCAAAUAUUCAAGUCUCUUUGUAGCUUUAUCUGCUUUAAUAUCCUUUAAUCCUGAGAAAAUUGCCAGCUGGAUGUCAUGCUCCAAAUAGUGCAUAUGUGGACACAAGCGUCAUUAAACUGCAAUAAUUGCUUUCAAAUCCUAGAAGAGAAAAAAAUAGAAAUAAUAUUUUUUAGAUUAUUUGGAACAAUCUAUUUUAUUAGCAAAGGAAAUGGUCAAGAACAAUAUUUAAAUAAUUUUAUGGUUAAACAUAGCCUGGUAAAAAAAACAGUCCCUUUUUCAAUUCAUUCCUUCAUUCAGAAGCUCUGGGCUCUCAGCUACUGAGAGAUUAUUGCUUCCUGGAGACAGUUUUAAAUUUUACCCAGUUCGACACUAAGACACGAAUUGCAAAGAGAUCCAAACUAGGCAUGUGUAAUGUUGAUUCAAUAUUUGAAAGUGUGUCCAAUAUGGCCUGAAUGGCUGCCUUCACUUCCUCCACUGCCAUUGCUAAAACUACAUGCAAUUCUAAAGCAUUGCAGAAAAUCAACAUCAUUGUUCACAACUUGUAAUUCUGCUUGCGGAUUGGGUCAGUAGGAAGGCAAUGGCCAUGUUAGAUUAAAUGUCUUUCUGGAGUAGUUUAGAGAGUGAUAUAAAGUUUGAGACCGACCAGAAAUUUGGAUGUGGUCAAGACAAAAUUAUAUGCUUGAUGCUAAACAAGUGCUAACAAUAGGGGAAGUUAUAUUAAUAGGCAAGUAGAGUGUGAAGUCAGAGGUCUGGAUCAAGUGCGUUAAUCGAGCUCUGACACAAUGUCAGUGGGCUAUGGCUGGGCUGGGCUGGAUUUAUUUAGGCCCAAACUAAAUUCUACUCUGGAGAAUACUUUCAUAGGAGGGGUUUUGUCUGAAAUCCUGUAUGCAAUAAUAUCUUCCUCUAAAUUACAUUUCUUUAUAAUCUACAGUACUUUGCAAUAUCAGAAAGGUAAGUUAGUUAUUGUGUUGUUAGUUUUUUUGUUUAGACUUCAGACAUUUAGUUCACUAAGGAAACAUGUACAAAACGUUAAAGGUUCUUUGAGCAAGUUUGUGCUUUUUCUUUUGCAGGAUCGAGAAUCCCAUUCUGACAAAACUGAUUUCCACUUGUGACUUAAUCUCCUCAGGACAUCCAAAGAUCUAUCAACUGAAAACAGAAACGGAGAAGUUUGGAUCUCUGUCCAAAGUGACUUUUGGUACAAAAGACACUAAGCAGAAUAAUAAAACCAUCUUACUUGUUGGUGAAACAGGGUCAGGAAAAUCCUCCUUGGUCAAUGUUAUUUUCAACCAUGUAAUGGGAGUUCAGUUUGAGGAUGGGGUCUGGUUUCAGAUCGUAGAUAGGCAAGAAGGUGAAACACCAGAUGUGAUCAUAUAUGAGAUCUGUAGUUGUGAAGGUAAAAUUCUGCCCUAUUCAAUCACCAUCAUUGAUACUCCUGGAUAUGGAAGCACCAAAGGAAUCAAACAAGAUGACAUAGUCACUGGCAGGAUGCGUAAAUUGUUUGAGACAGAAAACGGUUUUCACAUAGUUCAUGCAGUAGGUCUGGUGAUGAAGGCAACUGAUAACAGACUAAGUGACAGAUUGAUGUACAUCUUUGAUUCGGUGAUGUCUCUGUUUGGAAAUGACAUGGAGAAAAACAUUGUGGCUCUCAUGACUCACUCAAAUGGAAGAACACCUAAAAAUGCUCUUCAAGCUCUUGAAGCUGCAAACCUCAGAUGUGCAAAAAAUGAAAACAAUCAACCAGUUUAUUUCUUGUUCAACAACCAGCAGAAUGAAGAUCGCACAGAUGAAGCAGAGUACUUUACAAGAGCUGAUAGAAUAUCAGAGAAAGGAAUGCGAGAGUUUACGGUCUUUGUUGAAAAAGUUUCACCUCAAAAACUGAAAAUAACAACAGAAGUGAUGAAUGAACGCAUCAGACUGACAGCCUGCAUCCAAAACCUGCUGGACAGAAUCAGACUGACUGAACAGAAGGAGACAGAAAUCAAACAGAUUCAAGAAGGACUCAAGAUGCAUGAAGAAGAGAUGGGAAAAGAGGUCACUAUACUUGUUGAUGAGCCCUAUGUUACUAAAGAAGGUAUCAAAGGUGGACAGAAGUGGCUAAUCUUCUAUCAAGGAGCUGUGACCUGUCCUGUCUGUAAGGAAAACUGUCACAAAGAUGGAUGCACCAAGACCUGGUUUCCUGAGUUCUGUGAGGUGAUGAGAGGAGGCCACUGCACUGUUUGUUCCAAAAAGUGUCCUGCAUCAGUUCAUGUUAAACAAACAUGGAUAUACAAAAACAAAACAAGGAGAGUUGAGAAGAGAAUACCGAAGAGGAAACAUGACUGUGAAAAUAAAACAAAGUUUGAGGACCAGACACGUUAUCUGGAAAACCUUGAAAAGGAAAAGCAGCAACUUCUGGAAGAAAAAUCCAAACUUGUGGAUGAGGCCUACCAACAUGUCAUUAGACUGGAGGAGAUUGCUCUCAAAGUUGAUUCAGUGUCUAUUAAUGUCCACUUGGACUUCCUGAUUGAGAAGACAAAAGAAAAAGGAGACACAAGCAAAGUCCAGAAACUGGAGGAACUGAAGAGAAAAGUGGAUGAAGGAACCAAAGCAGCACUAAGAUACAAACGAGUUUCUCAAGUGUAGUUUAUGAUGAGAAAUAAAUCUGUGAAAACAUUCAUUGUAAACAUUAAAAAGUUUAACCCA